CAAAUCAUUGGAUUCAGGUGUUCCAAUCACCUCCGUGGCCAUAGGUGUAUAAAAUAAAGCACCUAGGAAUGCAGACUGCUUCUACAAACAUUUGUGAAAGAAUGGGUCUCUCUCAGGAGCUCAGUGAAUUCAAGAGUGGUACCGUGAUAGAUUGCCACCCGUGCAAUGAGUCCGUCCGUGAAAUUUCCUUGCUACUAAAAAUUCCACAGGCAACUGUUAGCGGUAUUAUAACAAAGUGGAAACAAUUGGGAACAACAGCAACUCAACCAUGAAGUAGUAGGCCAUGUAAGAUGACAUUGUGGGGUCAGUGCAUACCAAAGCACACAGUGUCCAGAAGCCGCCAACUGUCUGCAGAGUCAAUAG